AUGACUGCUGUAUCUGCAUAUGCGCCUCUCGUGGCGCUUAACGAAAAACAGCACACCAUUUCCUAUCAAGAGAUCUACCCGGAACAACGCUUGGAUCCUAUGGUCACCAACCCUGGCGUACAAGGAACAAUCGUACCGCAGCUAGAACGGUCCACUCAGCGUGCGUUGCUGCUAAAGGCUGCGCGUGAACAGUACAUCUUGGUUACUGAUCAUGCCAUCCCAUCAAUAUCGAACAAGGACGAGAUACUCGUCAAGAUCGUGGCGAUUGGUUUGAACCCCAUCGACUGGAAGGGCCCGGCCUUCAAUUUCGGCAUUCCCAGUCUACCUUGGGUAAAUGGUCGUGACCUAGCAGGUAUCGUCGUCAAAGCCGACAAAUCAUCUCGAGUCCAAGAGGGCGACAUAGUCCUCGUCCCAUCUACCGACUAUCGGGAUAUUCGAAAAGCCGCCUUUCAGGAAUAUGCUAUCGCGACUCACUUCAAUGCAGCACGAAUUCCACCCAGCCAAAGCAUCCAUGCGUCUGCCUCGUUAGGUGUUGCUUUCGUAGCAUCCGCCCUGGCCUUGGGUGUCUCCUUAGGACUAGACUUCUCCCUGACGUCAGCGUGUCCCGGACCAGACCUCACCAACGUGGUACGCCAACUGGAAGCUGAUGCUAUUCCUGCCGAUAUUAGAGAAGAGUGUUAUUCCGGUCUCUCGAAGACUGAGCGCGUUAAGCCCGGCGAUUGGAUCGCUAUAUGGGGAGCAUCUACCACGACUGGUUACAUCGCAUUACAACUUGCUAAACUGGCGGGAUUAAAGGUCAUCUGUGUGGCAGAUAUUGCUCGCCAUGGGGCGAAACUCGUCGAUCUCGGGGCUGAUGUCAUGGUGGACAGACAUGACACUCAGCGUGCCGUUGACAUUAUCAAAGGAGUGACAAGAGGAAAGCUCCGAUACGCUAUCGACAUCGUUGGCAAGGACACAGCAACACUACUUCAGAAUACCCUCGAAGACGUUGUCCGCGAAGAUGGUUCUCACGCCCAUCUCCUCGGUCUGACUGGCCUUCCUAAGGAGCGGAGCUCGAAUAUUGUUUACCAUACAGUUCCGAUUAAGCUGUUCCACACAUCACCCGAGGUAGGAGAACGGAUGGUCUCGUGGCUAGAAGACUUAUUAGACUCGGGUGCUCUUCAAACACCAGAAAUUAUUCGCACGGAAGGCGGAUUGGGGAAUGUGAACGCCUCCUUAGAGCUUCUUCGACAGGGCACAGCAUCAGGAAAGCGUGUUGUCGUUGAUCUUGCCGGAUAG